AUGGACAACAUCGACGAGGAAUAUGACCGGCUCGUUGAACACAUUCACGACUGCGCGAAGAAGGCUGAGAGUUCUAAAACCACCAAGAGACGCCUGUCUCUUGAAACUCUUGAGCUGAUACGCCAGCGUGGAGCAGCACGAGCCGCAUGGAACCAAGAACUGACGUCCGUGCUCGCAAGGCUUUGCAGAGAGGCGAUAAAUGAAGACCUUAAAGAGAGAAGAGCAGAAGUACUGGCUGAAGCUGCAGAGGCGGGGAAAAGCAUCCGCUACGCCCGUCGAGACUUCGCCAGUCGCAAUUCGAUGAUGACUGCUCUCCGGAACCCGAAGGGAACAAUCAUUGCAUCGAGAAGGGGGAUGGGGAAAAUCAUCUACGACUUCUACUCUGAUCUCUUCGACAGCCACGUCCACUCCCAACCUCACCAUCUGAAGGUAGACGGACAUGUCAUUCCAGAGGUUCUCCCGUCCGAAAUACGACAUGCUAUCAUGUCGGUAAGAAAUCGUACGGCACCCGGUCCCGACAGAAUAAGACCAGAACACCUGAAGAGCCUUUCGCCAGUACUCAUCAACACUCUGGCGAGGCUCUUUACACGUUAUCUGGCGGAAUGCAAGGUUCCUAAACAGUGGAAGACCAGCAAGAUUGUGUUGUUGUAUAAAAAGGGAGAUCCACAUGACAUCGGCAACUAUCGUCCAAUCUGCCUACUGUCCGUCAUCUACAAGCUCUUUACAAGAGUAAUCCUUAAUAGGAUUGAAAACGUCUUGGAUGAAGGACAGCCAUGCGAGCAAGAAGGGUUUCGAAAAGGAUUCAGCACGAUUGACCACAUUCACACUGUUUCGAAACUCAUCGAGGUAUCACGAGAGUACAAGAUGCCGCUCUAUCUCACCUUCAUCGACUUGAAGAAGGCCUUCGACUCAGUUGAGACGGAAGCGGUCGUGGAAGCCUUGGACAACCAAGGCGUCCCUACUCAGUACAUAAAGAGGGAAGUCCAACAGGGUGAUACAAUCUCACCCAAAAUAUUCACGGCCACCCUCGAGAACGAAAUGCGAAAGCUGGAAUGGGACUACAUGGAAGUGAAGGUUGGCGGUCGGAAGCUACACCAUUUGCGUUUUCCUGAUGACAUCGUACUGAUAACAGCGUCAGCCAAGCGGAACGAAUGCUGA